AAAAACCAGUUUGAGAACCUGGAGGACUGACUACUAAACCUUGGAAGUUAGACAGUGAAAAUAACAGCUUUAAUUUUUUUGCAUGGUUUAUAUUAUAAGCUGUAUUGAAACAAUUCGCAUGUAAUUAAAGAGGGACGAUAAAGCAGUUUUAUCGCCUAAUAGAUUUUUUGAUGGUAAAAAAUAUAUUUUUUUUUUCUCGGGUGAGGAAAAGGGCGUGAAAAAUCAGCAAUGCCGUCUCCGAACUCGGUGGAUUACAGCAAAUUGAUGGCACCUCCGGUGCCGCCGCACAAACCCAAAGCGGCCCGUCCCGCGGAAGCCAGCGAGCGGCUGCUGAAGUGUGUGCUGCUGGGCGACGGCGCGGUGGGUAAGACCAGCCUGGUGGUCAGCUACACCACCAACGGCUACCCCACCAAGUACGUGCCCACGGCUUUCGAUGACUUCUCAGCCGUGGUGCAGGUGGAUGGGAACCCAGUGAGGCUGCAGCUCUGUGACACCGCUGGCCAGGAUGAGUUCGACAAACUGCGACACUUCUGCUACCCCCGCACAGACGCUCUUCUGCUCUGCUUCAGCGUGGUGAGCCCAGCCUCCUUCCAGAACGUGUGGGAGAAGUGGGUGCCCGAGAUCAGGCGCCGCUGCCCCGCGGUCCCUGUGCUGCUGGUGGGCACGCAGUGUGACCUACGGCAGGACGUCAAGGUGCUGAUCGAGCUGGCCAAGCGGCGUGAGUGCCCGGUGGCCGAGGAGGACGCGCGUGUUCUCGCCGAGAAGGUGGGCGCGGUAGCCUACGUGGAGUGCUCAGCGCUGACGCAGAAGAACCUGAAGGAGGUUUUCGAUGCCGCCAUAGCGGCUGGCUUGCGGCAAGCCGACCGCCGUGCCCGGCGGGAGCGGAAGGUGAGGAGCACGGCGGACAAGAUGAAGACCCUGUCCAAGUCUUGGUGGAAGAAAUAUGUCUGUGUACAGUGAUGUGGUUCCAGCCCUCUGGAGCAAUGGCUGCAAGUGACUCACACCAUGACAUGUCUACUUCUGAACCUCUUGGGUCGAGUCAUCCCCAAAUCGAGUGCUCAGGUCAUGAAACCCAAUAGCAGAUGGAAGCAAAACCUGAUGAUCUAACUUCUUCCUGAGCACUCCCCCCCCCCCCCCCCCCAAGAGCUUGACCAGUGAGUGUUUGCCAAGUGGAACCUACUCACAGGACUUGGGACUGAAGGUUACCAUGUGGUGUAACGUCUAACUACAUUCAAAGCUACAGUGAUCAGAUCAUGACCUCCUUUGGACAAUGGUGAGGCUUCUCAGAUCCUUAUGGAGCCGGGGAGGAAGGUUCUGAGUUUGUCUGUUUGUUUGUUUUGUGCCCUUAUGACUGGAUAUGGUAGUCCUUUGUUUUCAUCUCCUAUUGCAUAUCACAUAUUUAUUUCCCCCUAUCCUUUUUGUCUCGGGAAAAAACUAUCACUGAAUGUUUUGUUUUUUUUUUUUUCAUUUUUAUUAUAAGGAUGUCAAAGUGACCUUAGACGACAGUACAUUGGAUUAAUAAUGGGUUAAUUUGUGACCAUACCGGUGUGAUCACUUACAGCCCACCAGGAGAACCACGGCUCAGCAAAGUGUAGGUUUACGCAGCUGUGUGCUCAGGAUAGAGGUGUGUGAUUGGCUGCUUUCCACGGCCUUCACGACCUCUGACCUUUUUGGUAUCUGUAGCCUCAGCUGUCAAUAGCCUCAGCUGCAGGGGACACACACUAAACUUCUAAGUCUGUGCUUACUUUGCACCGUAAUGUAUGGGUCUGUUACAGAUAUAAUCCCCGAACAGUUAAAUUUUCAGACUGCUGGGUAUCAUCUUGCUAAAUUAAAUAGCUACUUGACCGUAUUGCCACAACUGAGUUCGGACUGAUCUGAAACACCAACUUCUGUCUCGGAGCACAACCUGGCCCCAAUGCUAUUGCACUUUUGUGACUGUAAACUUUGUGGCUGCACAAAAACAGCCCCUGGUUUGCGCAAUGUGGCCCCACAAACAUGUCAGAGUUUAUCAGUCUCCUUUGGCAUUGAUGUUUACCAAUGAUUCAUGCGCCGCCCCUUGAUUAUCAUGCUCCGCCCUCUUACUGUUAUGUCCUACCUCCUAGACCAGUACUGAUCUUUACCACCACUGCUUUCCAGCUGUCUUUACCCCUUUGAAAAUGAGUUUACUGUUCGAACCAGCGCUGGACCCUUCUGGAACACAGUCACGUUCUGAUACCAGAUGCUUUAUAACCUGCAAAGAACAAAGCCCUACCAGGGUGACUAUAAAAAUAAUAUAGAAAAUGUAUUGCUUCUCAUUUUUAAGAAGCCGCGAUGUCUCUUUGUGUUUUAAUCACAUGUUUGUCAGGCAAUAAACUGUAACCACUGAUCAAAUCAAUGGAAAAAUAGAUGAGAUUGACAAGGAAUUUGUUUUUGUUGAAUCCUUCAUUUCAUGCAAUGAUCUCUUUACUACAUUAUCACUAUCAGGGUAAUUAAAUGUAGAUUUGUUUAAUAAUGAUGACAAAUAUCUUCCAUUGUUCUCGUUUUCAAACUCAAGAGUGUGAUCAAAAACAAGCGAGUUUGUCACCAUUUUGUAAACCUCGCAUUUCGUUUUUCUGGAUGAGAACAUGAAUGACAUGAUGAUCUCUAAAUAAAUGUGAAAUCCUUCUCCAGUA